AUGACUGAGGAAGAACCAGAAGUUAAGUAACGCUCCAAGCUCAAAAUGUACGCAGAGAGCUAUUUGAUUGCAGGUUCAUUGCCAUCAUUAAUUUUCCCCAUAGCUGGAUUAGUUACUUCAUUCUUGCAAUUAACAGCAGCAGAUGAUUAUGAGACUUGUAGAUUAGGUAGGAUCUUUGGUAGUGAUCCAAAAUAUGAAGACCAUCUAAAGCAUGUCAUGAGAAGUUAUUCUUGUUGGUAUUAUGGUUAUGCUCUAGUUUACUUUAUCAUUGUCUUCAGACCUUUCAAACUACUCUAUAAGUUGAGUGGUCUUAUAAUGUUACUUUGUAUGCUAACAGGUUAUGCAAUUUGCUUCAUGAAUAUUGCCUUUAUUGCUGAAUCUCACUGUGGUACUGAAACUACCUAUGGAAGAGUAGGCCAGGCAAAUACAAUCAUAUUCCUAGUUGUUGGCACUUUUGUCAUGCUAACCACACAUAUCAUAAUAUGGCUGCCAGCUUGUGCAGAGUGUUGUAAGAAAAGAGAGAUUAAUUAGGUCAUGAAUGAGGAAGAAUCUCUUAACAAAAACUAGCCUACUGCUGAUGACUCAUCGAAAUAACGUCUUAAUCAGGAAGCAGAUGACUAGUCUGAUCAGACCAAAGAGGGUAAUUAUAGAAGAGCUGGUGGAGAGAUUGAUGAAGAAGCUGAAUUAGAAGGUGGUGGACCUCCAGCUAGAGGAGGUAAUGAUCCAGAAGAUGAAGAAGGUGGUGGAGGUGCUGCAGAUGCAACCUCUAAAGAUCUAAUGAAAGGAGGGGGAGAUCCCGAUAUGUAUUGA